UGGCGCCGUCUGGGGAGCACGGUCCCGCGGCUGGCGCGCGCGCAUGGUGGCUGCUCCUCUCGGAGCGCAGCCGACCCGCUGACCCGGGCUCCGUUUCCCCUGCUAAGCGCGCCCCGGCGGCCGGCUGGAGGCCGAAACAGCAGCAGCAUUAGCAGCAGCAGCAGUAGCAGCAGCAGCAGCAGCAGCGGCCGCGGCUGCUCCGCCGCCGCCGUCUCUGCGAGAGCAUGGAGUGCGCCCUGGACGCCCAGAGCUUGAUCAGCAUCUCCCUGCGCAAGAUCCACAGCUCCCGGACCCAGCGCGGCGGCAUCAAGCUGCACAAGAACCUCCUGGUGUCCUACGUGCUCCGCAACGCGCGCCAGCUCUACCUGAGCGAGCGUUACGCCGAGCUAUAUCGGCGCCAGCAGCAGCAACAGCAGCAGCCGCCCCACCACCAGCACCAGCACCAGCACCUCGCGUACGCCGCGCGGGCUGCCCCUCAAGCCGCUGCCGCUGCCUCCCCUCCCUCCUCCCCGGCCCCCGCCUCCUCCCCCGGCUUCUACCGGAGCGCGUACCCGGCCCCCUCGGACUUCGGCGUGCACUGCAGUAGCCAGACCACCGUGCUGGACCUGGACACUCACGUGGUGACCACGGUGGAGAACGGCUACUUGCACCAGGACUGCUGCGCCUCCGCCCACUGCCCCUGCUGUGGCCAGGGAGCUCCGGGACCCGGCCUGGCGUCCGCCGCCGGCUGCAAGCGCAAGUAUUACCCUGGCCAGGAGGAAGACGACGACGACGACGAGGACGCGGGCGACCUGGGGGCCGAGCCCCCCGGGGGCGCCCCGUUCGCCCCCUGCAAGCGCGCUCGCUUCGAGGACUUCUGCCCGGACUCGUCCCCGGACGCGUCCAACAUCUCAAACUUGAUCUCCAUCUUUGGCUCGGGCUUCUCGGGGCUGGUGAGCCGACAGCCGGACUCCUCCGAGCAGCCGCCGCCGCUCAACGGGCAGCUGUGCGCCAAGCAGGCGCUCGCCAGCCUCGGCGCCUGGACUCGAGCCAUUGUCGCCUUCUAGGGACCCCUGAGGGCACGGGGACCCGGGGCCCCGUGGGGCUAGGGCCAGACAAAGACUCGGCCAAGGGGCGAGAGGAGGGAAGAAACGGGCGCCCGGCCACUCGGGGCUGCGCUGGGGGCGAGCAGUGGGAGGCGGCCGAUGUUUUAUAAAUUGUAAAAUAAAAAAAAGAAAUCUAA